AUGUGUUCUCAAACUGUUUUUAUAGAAGCAAAAUGUAUGCUUAUUCUUGAAUGCAGAUUUGAACCCCUAACCCAGAGAGAAAUAAUAAUACUAUCAAUAUUCAGUUCUGUAGUAUUUUUAGUUUUAUUAGUCUUUACUAUUUUCUUGAUUUGGUACUGUAGAAAUAAACGACGUCGGAACAGAGAAAGACAGGAGCAUUUAAGUCGCACAUUAGAAAGUAUAUCUAUUAGAGAUCCCUUAGAAGAAUUAGUUAGAAGGGAGUCUAGAAGAAGCUUCUAUGAAGAUGUUGCCAAUUCAAACACAGAAAAUAUUAUCGAACAAAAUGAUACGCCAAGAAAAAUGUUCAAAAUCUGGACAAGUGAUCGACAGGUAAAAACGUAUGUAUUUGCCAGUGAAGUCCAAGAUAUAUUAGAUCAAGGCGCAACUAAGCUAGGAUUAAGAUAUCCAUCAAAGCUAGUUCUAGAAGAAGAUGGAACAGAAAUUGAUAAUGAUGAUAUUUUGAGAGCUUGUUCCGGACGUAUUCUUAUAAUUUUAGAACAUUCCGAGAGAUGGAAACCUCGAAGCGUUAUAUUAAACGUUGACGAUUUACAACAUAACAACACAAACCACACUACCUAUCCCCAACAUCAUUUUAAUGAUAAAUUAAACGAUGUUGAAUAUUUAUAA